AUGGUAGAGGAGGAGGUUGAAGUAGAUGUGGAGAUCCAAAGUCCGGCUGAUAAGUUCCACAUGUUCGCAAGAUCACAACAUGUCUCCAAAGCUACUCGUUUUAUCCAGGGAUGUGAUGUGCUCGAGGGGGAGUGGGAAAAAGCUGGAAGCAUAGUCAUUUGGAAAUUAAUUUUUGAUGGAGAGCCAAGAGUGUCCAAAGAUAAAAUCGAGACGUUGGAUUCGGAGAAGAAUGUGAUCCAGUGGAGGGUGUUGGAGGGACAUCUGAAGAAAGUGUUCAAGAGCUUCUUGAAAACGAUGACGGUGUGUCCUAAGCAAGGAGGGCCUGGAAGUGUGGUGAAAUGGAACGUGAAGUACGAGAGGAUUGAUGAUGAGAAGGUGGCUCAACUAGAGACGCAGCUCCAGUUCUUUGUUGAAAUGACUAAAGAGGUGGACCAGUACCUCUUGUCUCAGCAAUAG